GGGAGAAUAAUAUUAUGAAAUAAUCAUAUAUUUUGUAUGAUAAUAUUUAAACAAAUUGUAUUGUAUUCCAGGGACUUGGACUAUAAUGAAAUCAGGGAUAUCGAAUCAUUAGCUCAUCUGACAGAGUUAGAGACCUUAUAUUUUAGCAACAAUAAUAUAAGUGAAGUGAAAAAUGGUGCAUUUUCAAACCUUUCGCAGCUUCAGGCAUUAUAUUUGCAUAGAAAUAAAAUCGAAAACAUCGAGACUGGGGUUUUUAAUAACUUAACGAGUUUGAAAGUAUUACACUUGGAUUACAACAACAUUCAUAAGCUCGAUUUGGAAAUGUUUAAGGGACUUACAAAACUGAAUAGACUGUAAGUACCUAUUAAACACAAUUUGCAUGUGAUCG